AUGCCAUCACCGACAUCAUCAUCAGCCAGCGUGUUUUCAUGUCACCUGUUUUUUGUGAUUUGCAACUUUUUUGUGAUUACUCCAGCUUUUGCUCAGUUUAACAGGUUUUUCGAUCCUUCGAUACCGGAACAAGAAACCGUGCUCACAGACUAUGAUUUUAAUAUGAUUGGUCACUUUCGUGACAACGACCAGUGGUUUGUAAAUGAUUCUGCUAUGUACAACCCGCUCAGAUUUGAAGGAGAUAUCGCCAACAGUGGUCUCAAUUCUCGAUCCAUCAACACAUUUCUUGGUGACAGUCCAUUAUUUGGAAUAUUUGGUGUACAACGGAAUGCAGUGAGACAGACGUAUUUGAAAUGGGAGCAAGCUAGGAUUCCAUACACUAUUAGUUCACAAUACUCAUCCUACAGUCGUACAAAAAUAGCAGAGGCUAUUGAAGAAUACAGAAAGAAGACAUGUAUCGACUUCUCACCAAAAAGUGCAGGAGACUUGGAUUAUAUUCAUAUUGUGCCUGAUGAUGGUUGCUAUUCGCUUGUUGGAAGGAUUGGUGGAAAGCAACCAGUGAGUCUUGGUGAUGGCUGUAUUCAAAAAGGAAUUAUCAUCCAUGAACUUAUGCAUGCUGUCGGGUUUUUUCACGAACAAAGUCGAGCCGACCGUGACGAAUUUGUGAAAAUCAACUGGAGUAAUGUAGAAGCUGGGCUACAGGAUCAGUUUGAUAAAUACUCCUUGAACAUGAUUGACCAUUUGGGCACAAAAUAUGAUUAUGGAUCUGUAAUGCAUUAUGCUCCAACAGCGUUCAGUAAGAACGGCAAGCCAACAAUCGAGCCGAUUGAGAAGAAUGUGGAAAUCGGACAACGUGCAGGAUUCAGUGAGAAUGAUAUCUAUAAAAUCAAUAUGCUGUACAACUGCCCAACUUUCACCACUACCACUAUUGCUCCAGAAAAUUCAAAGCGUUUGAAGAGUAUCACCAAAAAAGUGACAUCGGCGACUGCAAGCCCCAUAUCUAAGAAGGGGGAAAUUGGAUCAUCAAUCGGUGAUAAAGGGGACAGAGGCGAUAACUCAAUUUUAAGCUCACUAAUUUCUAUUCAUGCAGGAAGGGGAAAAUGUGAAGAUCGUCGGAAAGAUUGUGAAUUCCUUGCGAGAGCUGGUCACUGUGAGAGUCGGUUCAGUGUAAGAUUCAUGACGGAGAACUGUGCAAACAGCUGUGGCAAGUGCUUAGCUGAAGAGAAAGAAAAUGCAGUUUGUGAGGAUGCAAGAACAUGGUGUGAGCGAUGGGCGAAUAGUGGAAUGUGCAACCAAACCAUUUUCAAGGACUACAUGAGACAGAAAUGUGCGAAGAGCUGUAAAUUCUGCUAA